UUCAGGGUUUAAGCAUAGAGAGAGAUAGUGAGAGAGAGAGAGAGAGAGAGAUGGGUGGAGGAGGAGCGGCGAAGGGGUGGUUAGGGCAAAUGGGUUUCACCAAAAGUGGAGGAAGCAUCAAUUGGUACCCAGGGCAUAUGGCUGCAGCGACUCGUGCAAUUCGGCAACGUCUCAAACUUUCUGAUUUUGUAAUUGAAGUUCGUGAUGCUCGUAUACCGUUGUCGUCCGCGAAUGAAGACUUGCAACCGAUGCUUUCUGGGAAAAGGCGUGUUAUUGCUCUUAAUAAGCAGGAUUUGGCUAACCGCAACCUCAUGCAUAAGUGGAUUAGUUAUUUCAAUUCACAUAAACAAGAGUGCCUCCCGAUAAAUGCACACAGUAGAAGUUCUGUACAUAAGCUUCUUGAUCUGGUUGAGUUCAAACUGAAGGAGGUUAUGGCUAGGGAACCUACUCUCCUUGUUAUGGUGUUAGGUGUUCCUAAUGUUGGCAAAUCGGCUUUAAUCAACUCCAUCCAUCAAAUUGCAUUAUCUCGAUUUCCAGUGCAGGAGAAGAUGAAGAAGGCUAGAGUGGGGCCUUUGCCUGGUGUUACUCAAGAUAUUGCUGGAUUCAAGAUUGCACAUCGACCUAGCGUCUAUGUGCUGGAUUCUCCUGGAGUGUUGGUUCCAAGUAUUCCAGACAUAGAAACAGGGCUAAAGCUGGCUCUUGCAGGGUCUGUGAAAGAUUCUGUAGUUGGUGAAGAGCGAAUUGCUCAAUACCUGUUAGCUGUUUUAAACACCCGAGGCACUCCUCUUCAGUGGAAGCACUUGGUUGACAGGGAAAGUAAGGACCCUGACCAUGAGUUGGAAAACAAACCUGAAAGUGUUAUCAAGGAUCUCCAAAACAAGGGAAAGAAGCCGAGGAACAAAUCUAAUGCCUACCGAGUUCAGGAUAUGGUAAGUGAAGUCCAACGCACACUUUGCAUCACCCUCUCAGAGUUCAGUGGUAGUUUGGAAGAUGAAUCUGACCUGGAGAUUCUAAUCGAACACCAGUUUGAAGCAUUGCAGAAGGCUCUGAAGAUACCUCAUAAGGCUUCAGAGGCUCGGAUAAUGGUAUCAAAGAAAUUUCUCACUUUAUUUAGAACAGGGAAACUAGGUCCUGUCAUCCUAGACGAUGUUCCUGAUGCCUCUGAUUCUGUAUCUUGAAAUCAUCCUUUUAAAACCUAUCAACUUGCAACUGAAACUCAAAGUCUGUACCAUAGUGUAUUAUCAAUUUUCUUGGUAUCUCGUUCCUC